AGCUGUCGUGGACCAUCAACAUUUUACGGUAAGCCGUAUUCCAGUCAGUCCACGGAGACUACACGUGAAUACAGAAAAACAGCAAGUCAAAGGGUGAUCCGCGGUUUUCGUCAAGCGGUUAAGCGGCUGUUGUGGCUCCGGUGUAGCAGCAGUCCGGCAGGAUGCUGUAUCUGAUCGGCCUGGGCCUCGGAGACGCCGCGGACAUUACGGUGAAAGGUCUGCAGGCGGUGAGGAGCUGCUCCAGAGUGUACCUGGAGGCCUACACUUCCGUCCUGACGGUGGGGAAGGAGGCUCUGGAGGAGUACUAUGGGAAGCAGCUGAUCCUGGCAGACAGAGAUCUGGUUGAACAGGGGGCUGAUGAGAUCCUGAAGGAUGCUGAUGUGGCUGACGUGGCGUUCCUGGUGGUUGGCGACCCGUUCGGAGCCACCACCCACAGCGAUCUGGUCCUGAGAGCAGUGAAUGCUGGGAUACCGUACAAAGUCAUCCACAAUGCCUCCAUCAUGAACGCAGUAGGCUGCUGUGGUCUGCAGCUGUAUAAUUUUGGGGAGACGGUGUCUUUGGUGUUUUGGACGGAGACGUGGAGACCAGAGAGUUUCUACGACAAAAUCUGCAAAAACAGAACAGCUGGACUUCACACACUCUGUCUGCUGGAUAUCAAAGUCAAAGAGCAGAGCAUUGAGAACAUGAUGAGAGGGAAGAAGAUCUAUGAGCCUCCUCGCUUCAUGACCGUCAGCCAGGCUGCAGAUCAGCUGGUGCAGAUCAUCCAGAGGAGGAGGGAGGAGGGGGAGGAGCUGGGUGUGACAGAGGACACUGUGUGUGUGGGCGUGGCCCGACUCGGCGCAGAUGACCAGACGAUUCGCGUGGCAACAUUGCGUCAGCUGGUGUCGUGUGACCUUGGUGCUCCGCUCCACUCGCUGGUCAUCACCGGUCAACUCCACCCACUGGAGGUGGAUAUGCUGAGACUGAACGCAGAACCAGACGCACUGCAGCACCUGCACAUGAUUGACAGCUCCACAUACGCCUCAUAACGGACACACGCUUGCCUUUCUGUAUUGGUGAGGACCCUCAGUGAUGUAACUCCUCCUCAGGACCCUGACCUUGUUACCCAAACCUGAUUCUAACCUUGAACCUUAAGAUAGUUCUUUGACGUUGUGAGGACCGGCCAGGGUGUCCCCACAGUGCAGAAAUGUCCUCACAAAGGAAACAGGACAGCCACACGCUGCAGGACUCUGUGGUUCAUCAGUAGAACAAUGUAAUGAUGAGUUUUAUCCAUUUGAACACAAAUAUAAUUCACAGACGUUAAUGUGGUUUGACAUGUGAUUGUCAGAUGAAGUCAGUCUGUGGUGAUGUGUCCCAUUCAGGACGAUCAGAGCCACAUGACAAAUAUCAAAAAGCUCAGAAACAUGAUUUUAUUCAGGACAUCUGCUAACAAAACAAAAACCCCAAAAACAUAAGAAAUUAAAAAAAAUCAUGAACAAACAGUUCUGACAUGAAAUGAAUCAGUUAAGCAUCAGUUUACUUAAAUUGCAACAAUUCUGAUUUAAUGCUAGAAAUUUGGGAACUCUUGCAAAUAUCCUGAAGAAGCCUGAUAUUUUCCUAUGGUGUCGUCCUGAUGAAUAAAAACUGUGCUGCUCGUUCA